CGAGCCUGCGGUUUGGGCGGGCAGCGCGAGCUGUUUAGGAAAAGAUGGUUGGUUUCCGCGCGUACUGAGCUUUUCGGCGGUAACGACCGCAAAUGUGGCUGGCUCGGAAAUUCCGGCGCGGGCCCACACCUUCAGUGAUGGCUCACGAAGCACUGGGCUGUGAUCCUCCAAUGCCUUUAGAUGAUAAUACAGCAGAUCCUAUUGCUGAGUUGAUGGGCAGCCAAGGGAGACUGCCUCUGUUCCAGCCUGCGCCUACUGAAGUGGCUGGAAACCAGGGGUCACUGCUCCUGCACCAGACUGCUCCUACUGAAGUGGCUGGAAACCAGGGGUCACUGCUCCUGCACCAGGCUGCUCCUACUGAAGUGGCUGGAAACCAGGGGACACUGCUCCUGCACCAGGCUGCUCCUACUGAAGUGGCUGGAAACCAGGGGACACUGCUCCUGCACCAGGCUGCUCCUACUGAAGCAGCUAGCAGCCAUGGGAGGCCACUCUCGCUCCAGCCUGCUCUUGUUCAGGUGGUCAGCAGCCAAAGAGGACCAUUGCUUCUCCAGCCUAUUCCUACUCAAGUGGCCAACAGCCAGGGAGGACCACUCCUUCUCCAGUCUUCUCCUCCUCCUCAAGUGGCUAACAGCCAAGAGGGUCCUCUCCUCCAGCCUCUUCCUGAAGUGGCCAGCAGUCAAGGGAGACCCCCUGUGCUCCAGCCUUCUCCACAGGUGCCAGUUGACCUGACAGGGGAAGUAGAGCUCUUUGAAGAGAACGUGGAGAACACCGGUCCAGGAAGUUCAGGGGAGCCUAGGCAGGAGUCUGAUGCUAAUGACGCUGUCCAAGCACCCUCACUAGAGUCAAUGAGCAGCUUCAUCAGUGGGCUGCAGAGACUUCAUGGCAUGCUGGAAUUCCUGAGGCCUCUACCUUUCGGCCAGAGUGUGGGGCCGCUGAGAGCAAGAAGGAGGGGACGUGUUUCACGUAGGGCAAGAGCUGGAGCAUCCCAGAGGACAGAGAGUGCCAGGUCCAGAGCACCUUUGGAUGCUUACUUUCAGGUGAGCAGGAGCCAGCCUCACUUGCCAGCUUCAGAGAUUAGGAAUCCAAUGUCUGAAGAUGCCCAGGUAUCGGGCAGUUCUGAUUCCGACAGUGACAGCUCUACAGAGUCUGAAGAAGUUGUCCAGACAGAGCCCAGAGCCGUUGCUGCAGAAGAACAACAAGGAGAUGUCUUGGAAGACCAAGAAGUUACACGUAUUGGCCAAGAUGAGACCCUCACCAAAAAGCAGUCUCCCCAGAAGUCCAGCACUCCUCUGCCUACUGCUUCCAUGGAUGAAGAAGAUGAAGAAGGGGACAUUUGUACAAUAUGUUUUGAACAGUGGACCAGUGCUGGGGAUCACCGGCUCUCAGCAUUACGCUGUGGCCACCUCUUUGGAUAUAGAUGCAUUUCUAAGUGGCUCAAAGGUCAAACACGGAAAUGUCCCCAGUGCAAUAAGAAGGCCAAGCACAGUGACAUUGUUGUCCUUUAUGCCCGAACCCUGAGAGCAUUGGACACUAGUGAACAGGAGCGUGUGAAAAGUGCCUUAGUGAAGGAGCAAAUGUUAAGGAAGCAGGCUGAGUUAGAAUCUGCACAGUGCCGACUCCAGCUUCAGGUCCUCACUGAGGAAUGCAGUAGACUUCGCACUCGUGUCCAGGACUUGCAAAAACUUAUGAAGGAACAGGAUCAGAUUUCAGUGCAACGCCAGGUCUCCGGAGCUCAUUUCCUGAACUCCCUGCCCGCCAGCCAGAGCCAGCAUAAGUACCACUUCCAGAAGAUUUUCACCGUGUCUCGGAUAGGGAGCUGCCGCAUCAUGGCGUACUGCAACGCCCUGAGCUGCCUGGUGGUGUCACAGCCUUCUGCUCAGGCUUCCUUCUUUCCGGGCUUCGGUGUGAAGAUGCUGAGUACUGCCAACAUGAAAAGCAGUCAGUAUAUUCCGAUACAUAACAAACAGAUCCGCGGACUGGCUUUCAGCACGCGGUCCAAAGGCCUGCUGCUCUCGGCUUCCCUGGACAACACUAUUAAACUGACCAGCCUGGAGACAAAUACUGUGGUCCAGACUUACAAUACUGGACGACCUGUCUGGAGCUGCUGUUGGUGUCUCGAUGAAAACAACUACAUCUACGCUGGACUGGCCAAUGGGUCAAUUCUAGUGUAUGACCUGCGAAACACAAGCUGUCGUGUGCAGGAACUAGUCCCUCAGAAAGCCAGAUGCCCCCUGGUGUCCCUGUCAUACAUCCCCAGAGCUGCCUCGGCUGCAUUUCCAUAUGGUGGGGUACUGGCUGGAACCCUGGAAUACGCUUCCUUCUGGGAGCUGAAAAUGGGCUUUUCACACUGGCCUCACAUGCUGCCCCUGGAACCAGGGGGCUAUGUGGACUUUCAGGCAGAGAGCAGCACCCGACACUGUCUGGUAACCCACAGGCCCGAUAAGAACCACAACACCAUGCGAAGUGUGCUAAUGCAGAUGUCCUACAAGCUGGAUGACGCCGGGGAACCAGUUUGCUCCUGCCAUCCUGUGCAGACAUUCCUCGGGGGACCCACUUGCAAACUGUUGACCAAAAGUGCCAUAUUCCAAAGCCCACAGAAUGAUGGCAGUAUCCUGGUCUGUACUGGCGAUGAAGCAUCAAAUUCUGCCCUGCUAUGGGAUGCUGGCAGUGGCUCGUUACUGCAGGACCUGCAGAAUGAUCAUCCUGUCUUGGACAUCUGCCCAUUUGACGUGAACCAUAGCAGCUACCUGGCCACCUUAACAGAGAAGAUUGUCCACAUCUAUAAGUGGGAGUGACCUCCGGUGUGCUGCUCAUUGGCCUUCAGUGUUGUUACCCCUGAGCAAGAUGCCUGCUUGGUGCCUGCAGAUGAGAACGUCUGGCUCCUUGGGUUAGGGUGGUCCCGAGGCAUGUGUAUCUGCUCUAUCCAUGAGGCCAAUGACUGCUGCUGUGCCAUCUGUGUAAUUACUUCCUUGGGUAAAAGGCCUUCGUGAAUCUUUGCUGGAAACCUUCUUGCUGUCUAUAUUUUGCUGGUGUCCUGUCAGCAGUCAUUUAGGAUCUGAGUGUGCACCAAGUGUUUUCUGGGUGAUCUGACACCCACUGCCCAACUGAGCAUCUUGUUGGGCUAAUUGCUACAUCCCGAAGGGGCCGACCUUCCAGGCUUGGUACAUCACUGACACAGAAGAGUCUGUCUCCCACUGAACACGAGACCCCUGGAGAACCCUGUGUAGGGUGCGAUGUUAUUUCUGAGCCUGAAGGCUUAUGACCUAGUACGUGCCUCAUCUGUGCCGAAGUGUGCAGCAGUGUUGCCACUUGCGUUUUUCCAGGCACGCAGUGGGAGGGUGUUGGCGAGUCCGGUGGUGGAGGUGGCCUCAGCUAAUGCUGUGUGCACUAAGGUUCACUGCAUUGUGGGAGCUAAGGAAGGGGUCCAGUUGUGUGAACAAUGGGGAGGGGUCAUUUUCCUCCAGCUUGCCUAGGAUCUCAGGAUUUUAUCUAAGCCAGUACUUUAAGGACAAUUCUUUUCUCCCCCUGCUAGGAAUAGAUGAGUAAUAUGUCAGAGUUCCUACUUGACUCUCCCAGAGAUCAGGAGCAAGGGACUCAAUAAGAAGGCUGAGUCAGGUGGACAGCAUGAACCACAGAGAGACGCUGUCUCAGG